ACGCCCGGAAGGAAGUAAGCGGUCGGACUCGUUUUUCUCGGACCUCCCCUCUACCCCCUUUCUCUUUUUCUUUACUGACUGUGCCCUCUGUUCCUUCAGAGGUUUUGUGACCAUCGUCCUCUGACCCUUGUCUUUCCUUCCGAAUCUAGCGUUGGCUUUGCCUUUGUCCUUGGUACUCGCCUUGCACCACUCAAUUUCUUUGAAGGAACCUAUCUCCUCUACGGGUCCCCGUGAGGGUCACCCCUUGAGUCGGAUGAGGAGGCGAGAGGAUCGGGAGCCACACCCACUAACCUAACUGAUUUAGGCGCCAGACUUGCGCAUGCGCAUCACGGCACCCCGGGAGCGGUCCUCGUUUUGCUCCUCUCUAUGGUCGGCCCCGGCCUUUGAAUGGACUGCUGAAUUAUGAAGUAUUCUAGAGCCAAUAGCAUAGCGUUGCUGUGCUACUCAAUACUUUAUCGCCUGCUAGUUAUUUAAAUUGGACUUUUAAUAUCCUCCCAGCUGCUCUUGAGACACACAUGGUGCAUUGUUGCCAUUCCCCGGAUUGCAUCUCUGAAACCAAGGCCCUCAGUAAUCUUUGUCAAACAAAGAGGCAGCCUCCAGGAAGCCUUCCUAGUAAGGAGAUUCAGCCAGACUGCCCUCUAGCUUUCUUUGGCCUGUGCUGUAUUUGAAUUCCACCAUGGAGUACCGAAUGGAAUCUUGCUUGGCACAGGUGUUGCAGAAAGAUGUGGGGAAGCGACUACAAGUUGGCCAAGAACUAAUAGACUAUUUCUCAGACAAGCAGAAGUCUGCUGAUCUGGAGCAUGAUCAGACCAUGUUAGAUAAGCUUGUGGACGGACUUGCCACUUCUUGGGUAAACUCUAGUAAUUAUAAGGUCGCUCUUCUGGGAAUGGAUAUCUUGUCAGCGCUGGUAUCACGGCUACAGGAUCGUUUUAAAGCACAAAUCGGCACAGUGCUACCCAGUCUAAUUGACAGGUUGGGUGAUGCUAAAGAUUCAGUGAGAGAGCAAGACCAGACUCUGCUGCUGAAGAUGAUGGAACAAGCUGCUAGCCCUCAGUAUGUGUGGGACAGAAUGUUAGGAGGAUUCAAACACAAGAAUUUCCGCACGAGGGAAGGUGUUUGUCUCUGCCUUAUUGCAACACUGAAUGCCUCUGGAGCCCAUACUUUAACGCUAAGUAAGAUUGUGCCACAUAUAUGUAAUUUACUUGGAGAUCCAAAUGGCCAGGUUCGAGACUCAGCAAUAAACAGCUUAGUGGAAAUUUACAGACAUGUAGGAGAACGUGUGAGGGCAGAUCUCAGUAAAAAAGGAUUACCACAGUCUCGGUUAAAUGUAAUUUUUACAAAAUUUGAUGACGUUCAAAGAUCUGGUAACAUGAUACAGUCUGCAAGUGAUAAGAAUUUUGAUGAUGAAGACUCUGUGGAUGGGAACAGACCUCCUUCAGCCAGCUCUUCUACAUCUUCAAAGGCCCCUGCAAGCUCUCGAAGAAACAUUUCAAUGGGAACCACUCGUCGCCUUGGACCUGUUGCUCUGGGAUCAAAAUCUUCUGCUGCAAAAGAGGGAGCUGGUGCUGUUGAUGAGGAAGACUUUAUUAAAGCAUUUGAUGAUGUACCAGUAGUACAGAUUUAUUCCAGCCGAGAUCUUGAAGAAUCCAUAAAUAAAAUUAGGGAAAUCUUAUCUGAUGACAAACAUGACUGGGAACAGAGAGUAACAGCUCUGAAAAAGAUUCGAUCAUUACUUUUGGCUGGAGCUGCUGAAUAUGAUAAUUUCUUUCAACAUUUGCGACUUUUGGAUGGAGCAUUUAAAUUAUCUGCUAAAGAUCUGAGGUCUCAAGUUGUCCGGGAAGCUUGUAUUACACUGGGGCAUCUGUCGUCAGUUCUUGGAAACAAGUUUGAUCAUGGAGCUGAAGCCAUCAUGCCAACCAUCUUUAAUUUAAUCCCAAACAGUGCCAAAAUCAUGGCCACAUCUGGUGUUGUAGCUGUUAGGUUAAUUAUUCGACAUACACACAUCCCUAGGCUAAUACCUGUUAUCACUAGCAAUUGUACAUCCAAAUCUGUUGCAGUUAGAAGACGCUGUUUUGAAUUUUUAGAUUUACUUUUACAAGAAUGGCAAACACAUUCACUAGAAAGACACAUAUCAGUAUUAGCAGAAACAAUAAAAAAGGGAAUACAUGAUGCUGAUUCUGAAGCAAGAAUAGAAGCAAGAAAAUGUUAUUGGGGUUUCCACAAUCACUUCAGUAGAGAAGCAGAACAUUUAUACCAUACGUUGGAGUCAUCUUACCAGAAAGCUCUGCAAUCACACCUGAAGAACUCAGACAGCAUUGUUUCCUUGCCUCAGUCAGAUCGUUCCUCUUCUAGUUCUCAAGAGAGCCUAAAUCGUCCAUUGUCUGCCAAAAGAAGCCCAACUGGAAGUUCCACAUCUCGAGCUUCUACAGUUAGUACCAAAUCUGUUUCCACAACUGGAUCCUUGCAGCGGUCUCGAAGUGACAUUGAUGUGAAUGCAGCAGCCAGUGCCAAAUCAAAAGUCUCAACUGCUGGCUCCACUCCUUUCAGCUCUGCAGCUGCCUUGCCUCCAGGAUCAUAUGCAUCAUUAGAAUCCAGACACAUCAGGGAGGACAUGGAGUACAUAGGCCUUGAACCAGGCCGGAUACGCACACGACGGCAGAGCUCAGGAAGCGCAGUCAGUGUUACCAGCACUCCUGACAACCGUGGCCGUAGCAGAGCAAAAGUGGUUUCACAGUCUCAGCGAUCCAGAUCUGCUAAUCCUGCUGGUGCUGGUAGCCGAUCAAGCUCCCCAGGAAAACUGUUGGGGAGUGCUUAUAGUGGACUUUCAGGAGGAUCUGCCAGAGGUACACCUGUGCCUACAUCCUCAGAUAAACGAAGCAAGAUCCCACGGAGUCAGGGAUGUAGUCGAGAAACAAGUCCUAGCCGCUUGGGUGGACAAGAUCGGUUUGGGCUUGGGCAGCCGGGAAGGAUGCCUGGUUCUGUCAAUGCCAUGCGAGUUCUAAGUACAAGCACAGAUUUGGAAGCAGCUGUUGCUGAUGCCCUGCUAUUAGGAGACUCCAGGAGCAAGAAAAAGCCAGUGAGGAGAAGAUAUGAACCAUAUGGGAUGUAUUCCGAUGAUGAUGCUAACAGUGAUGCAUCAAGUGUUUGCUCUGAGCGUUCUUAUGGCUCCAGAAAUGGUGGAAUUCCUCACUACCUGCGACAAACUGAAGAUGUAGCAGAGGUUCUAAACCACUGUGCUAGUUCCAACUGGUCUGAAAGAAAAGAAGGACUUCUUGGCCUACAGAACUUACUGAAGAGCCAAAGAACCCUAAGUCGAGUUGAAUUAAAAAGGCUAUGUGAGAUCUUCACUCGAAUGUUUGCUGACCCUCACAGCAAGGUUUUCAGUAUGUUCUUGGAGACACUAGUGGACUUUAUAAUAAUCCAUAAGGAUGACUUGCAAGAUUGGCUUUUUGUUCUUCUGACACAGUUACUUAAGAAAAUGGGAGCAGAUUUACUUGGAUCUGUACAAGCAAAAGUUCAAAAGGCUCUAGAUGUAACAAGGGAUUCUUUUCCAUUUGAUCAGCAGUUUAACAUUUUGAUGAGAUUUAUUGUGGAUCAGACACAAACGCCAAACCUUAAGGUCAAGGUUGCAAUUUUGAAAUACAUCGAGUCUCUGGCCAGGCAGAUGGAUCCAACGGACUUUGUAAACUCUAGUGAAACAAGGCUUGCUGUUUCAAGAAUUAUAACCUGGACAACAGAACCAAAGAGUUCAGAUGUGAGAAAGCCUCAGCUACAGCAUAGUCGGGUAGGUGAGGAUUUCCCAGCUAGGUCAGCUUCAACCUCUGGGCCUGGAGAAGGAAACUUGGAAGAAAAAUGUAAACAGGCAGCACAAAUUGUGCUGAUUUCUCUGUUUGAACUGAAUACUCCAGAGUUUACCAUGUUACUUGGUGCCUUGCCAAAAACAUUCCAGGAUGGUGCCACCAAACUCCUACAUAACCACCUAAAAAAUUCCAGUAACACAAGUGUGGGCUCUCCAAGCAAUACCAUUGGUCGAACUCCUUCAAGACACACCAGUAGCAGGACUAGCCCCUUGACUUCACCUACCAACUGUUCCCAUGGUGGUCUGUCACCAAGUCGAUUCUGGGGUUGGAGUGCCGAUGGGCUGUCGAAGCACCCACCUCCCCUUUCUCAGCCUAACUCCAUCCCCACAGCUCCUUCCCACAAGACUUUCAGGCGUUCUUACUCUCCCAGCAUGCUGGAUUAUGACACAGAGAACCUGAACUCAGAUGAAAUUUACAGCUCUCUGCGUGGAGUAACAGAAGCCAUAGAAAAGUUUAGUUUCCGGAGCCAGGAGGAUCUGAAUGAGCCUAUUAAGCGGGAUGGCAAAAAAGACUGUGAUAUUGUUUCACGAGAUGGUGGGAUAGCUUCACCUGCCACUGAUAUUCGAGGAGGAAGUGAUGUGGUAGAAGGAGGAAGGACAGCUCUCGAUAACAAAACCUCACUCCUCAACACCCAGCCUCCACGCGCCUUCACAGGGCCUCGAGCUCGAGACUACAACCCCUAUCCUUACUCUGAUACAAUCAGUACUUAUGACAAGACGGCUCUGAAAGAGGCUGUAUUUGAUGAUGACAUGGAUCAGCUUCGUGAUGUACCCAUUGAUCAUUCUGAUUUGGUUGCUGAUCUUCUGAAAGAAUUAUCCAAUCACAAUGAACGGGUGGAAGAAAGGAAAGGAGCCUUAUUAGAAUUACUCAAGAUCACCCGAGAAGAUAACUUAGGAGUUUGGGAAGAACACUUCAAGACAAUUUUGCUCUUGCUGCUAGAAACACUUGGAGACAAAGAUCAUUCAAUACGGGCAUUGGCAUUGCGAGUGUUACGGGAAAUUCUGAGAAACCAACCAGCAAGAUUUAAAAACUAUGCUGAACUGACAAUCAUGAAAACACUGGAGGCACAUAAAGAUUCCCACAAAGAGGUUGUGAGAGCUGCAGAGGAAGCUGCUUCGACAUUGGCCAGUUCUAUACACCCUGAGCAGUGCAUUAAAGUGCUUUGCCCAAUCAUUCAGACUGCAGACUAUCCCAUCAAUCUAGCUGCCAUUAAGAUGCAGACCAAAGUUAUUGAGAGGAUUUCCAAGGAGUCUUUGCACCAGCUCCUCCCUGAUAUCAUCCCAGGCUUGUUACAGGGAUAUGACAACACUGAAAGUAGUGUUCGUAAGGCCAGUGUGUUUUGCUUAGUGGCAAUUUAUUCCGUAAUAGGAGAAGAGUUGAAGCCUCACCUUGCACAGCUCACAGGGAGCAAGAUGAAGCUAUUAAACUUGUAUAUAAAGAGGGCCCAAACCACCAAUAGCAACAGCAGUUCAUCUUCAGAUGUUUCGACGCACAGUUAAUGGAAAUAUCUGGACCUAUUUGUGUAGACUUAGAAGCAAUCAGUGGUGCCUCUCUGAGACCUUCCUUCUUCCCUUUUCUUCAUUGGCACGCCCAAUCAGUACAAGGAGGCCACACAGAUAUUUAUUGCAAUCAGUAUUUUGGUCCUUUCAAGCUUUUGUGUAGAAUCUUUUUGGUAUUGAAUGUAAAGGAAGCAAGGCCUGUGUUGCAGUCUUCAUACAAAAGAAAAAAAACAACAGCCCUAACUUGUUUGUGCAGCCUGCUGAAAUCUUUAAAAGGGGGGUUAGGUCACAGUGUUUUAAAAAUGAGCCCCUCUAGCAGAUUCUUGGUUUAAAGUAAAGCGAUUAAUUUGUUUUAAGUUAAGUUGAUACAGAUUUGGGGUUUUAGGAUCGUGUCAGUUUCUUCAUAACAUUUUAUUUCGUUAUAAGUAUGACCCUUGGUUGGAUUCUGUGCCUUUCACAAAGGAAACAAUGAAAGUGGUGUGUUUAUUUGAGUUGUUGUUUGAAACCUACCAAAAUGUGAAUUAUGUCUUAGAAAACAUUUAAAAUUAAAAACAGCCUUUUACCUUGUUACUACUAAAUGCCCCAAAGGUUUUCAUUUUCAGUCUUUGAGCUAUGUGUAUAAAGGGCCCUAGCUUUUUAGAAUAGGUUCUGAAAACUGAGGACUCUUUAGUAUUAACUUCACUGAGGUGCAUUUCCUUUAAAUUACAUGAUAUCUGUUCCAGGGCUUAAAAUUUCUUGACAGCUAUUUUAAAGUUGAGAUGAAUCCAAAAGCAAAAGCCAAAGUAAGUCAUAAAAUCAUUUAGUGAAAUUCCACUUGAAAGAAUUAUAGGAGAGAUCUUUUCCUAGGAAUCUUUUUGGAAACAUAAUUUAAAUACCACCCAAGGGAUAAACCUAGAGACUUUUAAGUUAAAGACUAUUCAAAGCAUUACAAUUAUUGUGCUCUUGUGACCCAUUGAUAAUUGGUGUUUUAUUCUUGGUUUUAGUUUAUCCUGAAGUUUCAUAGUACUCUCAGUUCAUAGAGUAAUGACAGAUAUGGAGUUUCAUAAUUUGACUUUUAUUUUUAGGGAGAUUUGGAGACAAUGAGGGUAAAUCCAAAAGAAUCAUGACUCGGUCAUUUCUCAUUUUAUAAACCAAAAUUAUUCUCUGCAGACUUGUUGACAUAAAAAUCUCAAUUCAUUGACAAAGAAAAUUUAAUCUCCAUUAUAAUAGGUGAUAGCAUAUGAGGGAAUUCUAAAAUUUUACUCCAAGUAAAUGUCAAAUAAAUUAAUCUUACUGGUUGUAAAACUUCACUACUCUCUCUGUUAAUGCUCUCCACAGUUUACCUGCCUGCUAGUUUUAGAAUUCAGAGCCAUGGAGUGGACGGUGGUAGAAAAUAUGUAGCUUUUUCUUUAUUCUAAAAUUAUUUUAGAGAUUUUAUGAAAACAUAUAGUAUGCACUGAGAUUGAAUGUGCUGUAAUGUCCAUAAACUAAUAUAGCAAGUGUUCUCACACUACAGGAUGGACUUUUAAAGUGUAAUUUAAAUAUGUAGGAAAUACACAGCUGCUCUGUUAGAAUUUGGUGAUGGAAAGUUUUCUACCCAAGAUAUCAACACUUGCCAUUUGGUUGGAAUGAUACUAAUUUAUUCUAGGAAAGAGCAGCAAGGGGAAAACCGUAAUUUUCUUAAAGAGAUUUUUGCAAUCAUAUUCAAAUGUUAAUUUUUAUUCUUUUGUAAUAUCUGUCCAUUCUAAAGAAUGUUUAAUGAAAAUAAGUGAUGAUGGCUGUCUUAAAUGAGUUAAAUCUUUAUUUUAUGUCUAAAAAUUUUUUCAUUGAUGGGAUGGAUUGGCAUAUUUCAGGCUGCAAAAUAUAGGACCGGGCCUUACUUUCUUGAUCAAAUAAUAUUUUGUUUAUUGACAGAUGUUAUUAAUGUGAUUUUUCUUUCACUACCACAAGUUGGUCAAAGAUUCUUUAUUCUCUGCUGUAGAAAUGUGUUGCACCAUAGAAGAAACAAUUCUGGUUAGAUUAUUUAUCAAUUCAUUUAAAUAUAAUGUAUAUAGUAAGUUUCCCCUGUCCCUCCCUUCCCUUAUUCCUGAAAGAGUCCUGCAUCCCCUCUGUCAUUUAGUUGGGAAGUAUCUUGAAUGUCGCCUAAUUUCCUUGUAGUACUCAAAGGGCUAGCCAUGAAUACCACUUGCAUAACCUUCAAUCUCUUAACUUACCAAAAGAGAAAGAAAAUGUACAAUCAGUUGUCAGCAAACUUCAAGUCUCUUGGCUCCAGAUCUGGAAACUGAUAUAUAUACCAAGGAAAGCAAAUCUGCAUGCUGCCCAUCACAUCAUCCUGAAGGUGGGACCAGAGCCCGGCUGCCCCAACCAAUUUUCAGCAACUGUAGCUGCCUUCCUUGCCUCUCCUCUCCUUCAGGGCUCUUGCUAAUUAAAAAAUUAAUUUUAAAAAAAACAUAAGAAAAGAAAGGAAAGUAAUUCAACAGAAACUUUGCCUCCCCAGCUUAUCAACUCUGAAUUUUCAAUGCCCUGAAAAAGCCCGCCACCCUCUGGACCUUGAGGUUGCUAUCCAUUGUGCUAUUAACAUCACCUCUAAGCUAGGGCAUGGGCAAACUACUUGAUCCAUACUUCCCCCCUCUCCCCAGGUUUUAAGUACUGUAGUUCUCAUGUAGUGCAGAAGUAUUGAGGCAUGUGGCUUUCUCAAAGUACACCAUGUGUGCUUGGCUGGAUAAUAAAUGACAACAAGACUGUCUUUUUUCUAUUGCUUAUUAUUAGCUUCUCAAUAACCUGUAUAAGUAAUGCAACUUGCAUCUUUGUCAUAUAAAACUUCUUUUCCUUUCCCCAACACCCUUUAUUUAUCAAGCAUAAUAUUACAUGUUAAAGGACAGCAAAAAGAAUGUUGUAGAAUUACAGCAGGACUUUGCUAACAAUAAUGUUUGGAAAUAAAAAGGAAAAGCUAUGGAAAAUGUCAGCCACCAGAAUGGUUUUGUUUCCAGUGUGUUCACAGGCAUGGUUACACACACACACACACACACACACACACACACACACACACACACACACACACACACACUCUUUUGCUUUUGUCAUGUUACAUCUAUAUCUGUAUUUAUAUCUUAAUAUUUGUUUUACUUUUAAGUGUAUCAUGGCAAAUGUACAGAUGUUUUUGUUAACAUUAAUGUGAUAGGAUUUGCUAAAAAAAAAAAGACAAAAAAACCCUUUUGAGUUUGCCCUAGAAUAAAGCUUACAUUUAA